CCGAUAGCUGGUGACGUCGGCAAGGGCGUUACCGAAGCAUAGGUAUACAGCCAACAAAUGGCGAUGUCUGCUCUCGCGUGUGUAAAUAGACACCGUACAAUCGAUUGGACAAAGUCAAUCAUCUGAGCGACAGGUCGCAACGACCGUGAAUCUGGCGAGCGUCCCGUGUCGUCCUCAGUGGGACAUCACUUCGCGUGUAGUGCACUUCCGCCCCGGUGUCGGCUGUCCCACACUCAGAAACCGAUCCAUCGCGCCCAUUGUGUUGUGUAAUGAUAUGAGCAUAGGCUUUUGAGGAUGCUUUGUAAAAAGUGAACACGAAACGACCCAAGAUCGGACUAGAAUGUAGAGUUGCCAGUCAGGCGGAGGAAAAUGAAAGAGGGCGGUCGCGAGGAGGAGCCGACCAGCGCAUCGGAAGUGACGGCCGGUAUGCGCACCGAACACACCUGCUGCUGCCUCGGCGUGUUGGUGGGCGUCUCACUCAUCGCCGCCCUCGUAGGAGUGAUUCUGAUGAAGGACUCUACGGUCGAACUGACGAUACUUCGACAAGUGCAUGUGCUUAUGUCACACGGCGAACGUACACCUAGCGAAAGGGAGUUGGAAAUGUUAGGAGCGCCACCGCCGGACCACGUUUUUGUCCCUUACGGCGCAGGAGCUCUGACAAACGAAGGAAAGUUGUUGACAUUCGAAAUGGGCGCAUUACUUAGAAAAAGAUAUAACGACUUCUUAGGACCUAUCUACGAAGCUGAGAAAAGCAUUGUCAUAGCCUCAGAUACAAAUCUAAGCAAGAUGACAGCUCUUCUGAUUUCUGCGGGCCUGUGGCCGCCACCGCUCGACCAGAUGUGGAACGACACAUUGAACUGGCAGCCGGUGCCUUACACUUAUCCACCAAGGAAUGAGGACUAUCUACUCUAUGAAGAAAACUGUCCCCGCUACGGCCAAGAGAAACAGAGGCUAUUGAAGGCGUUUGUAGCAGAAGGGUUACUUAUACCGUAUCGAGAUCUCUUCCACAAGAUUGCGCUCAUGACGGGCACCAACUUCAGUACGCCCCAAGACGCUUAUAAUUUAAAUAAUUUAUUUGUUAUACAGGAUGAUAUAAAGGUUGCGAAUCCUAAAUGGGCAAAACAUGUAAAAAGAAAGCUCAUGGAUGUUGCUAGACUGGAGUACACAAUGAUGUUUCAUAAUAAUCUUCUACGAAAGCUAAGCGGAGGAGCACUUCUACAGCAAAUAAUAAAAGAAGCAGUAUGGAACACGAGGGACCCAGCGAGCCCUAAAGUGAUAGUGAGAAUCGGCACACCGGUAUCGGUUGCGGCGCUACUGGCAGCCUGCGUGGCGCCACCUCCGCGCCUGCCCGACCCUGGCGCGGCUUUACUAUUCGAACUGCACGAAAAACUACCUUCUGGCCAAGGCAAGAAGGAACAGAAUGCUUUGAGUCAUGGACAGCGGUUUGGAUUUAAGAUUUACUACUGGGACGACGACUCGGCGGAGCCUCGUUUGAUGGAGGUGCCGGGAUGCAACGCACUGUGUCCACUGGACACUUUCACUGACAUCACAAAAUAUAUCGUGUCGUACGACUACAAGACAGACUGCACGCUAGUUCCAUAGACAUAACCUUGCAAUGAGUGAUAGUGUUUAGUUUAAAGUUCAGAAAAGUGCCACUUUAAAAAGUAGUAUAUUUUCAACUAAAGAUUCAUAAUAUGUAUAAUUGAAUUAAGUUAUUGAUAAUAACAUAAUGGGCUAGUUAAAUAAUUCACUAUUAUAAAAAAUUUACAGUCAGUUGCAGUCUCUCUCCCCCUAUUUAUUGACAUAUUGCCUGUAAAGUGGCGACCUAUCUCAAUUUUAACAAAUUAACAGGAUGAAGGGAAAACUUGUUUUCUUUUAGCUAAAUAAUAAUAUACGCCUGAUAGUAAAGAUGACGCCUAGAAUUGUGGCACUGCGGAGUACGAAAUAGCAUAAAGCGAAAUCGUCAAAAAUUUGAGAUAGGACAGGUUGCCAGUUCACAUUCAACAUACAGUAAAGUGGCACAUUUUCUGAUACGAACAAAAAUGUAAAUUAGUGAUUAUAAUACUGUGGUAUUAAGUUAUAGAUAUUAAAACUAAUUACGAUUAGAUAA